AUGACCGAGACGCCUAACCGAGGGAUUGUGGUGAUCUCCGGGGGAAGCGCGGCAAACAAUUUGGUCGAUGUUUUCAAUACAAUUCGAGAAAGUAAAGACUGUCGUCUCAGUUAUAUCAUCCCCAUCAGCGAUAAUGGGGGAUCUUCUUCCGAGUUGAUUCGCAUAUUUGGAGGUCCUGGAAUUGGCGACGUCCGCAUUCGCUUGAUACCUGACUCACCAAUGAACUCAGAAAGAACGGCAAUCAAGUCACUGUUUAACCAUCGUUUACCUUCUGAAGGGACCGCAGCAUCUCAAGAAUGGCUAUCCAUUGUUGACGGCACGUCUGGCCUGUGGCAGUCCAUCGCUCCGGCGAAAAAGGAGUUGAUCCGUUCGUUUUUUAACUCACUGAACCUGGAAAUUUUGAAGAGAGCCCGACCACCAUCGUCAACGUUUGAUUUCACGUCCGCCAGUGUUGGUAAUCUGUUUUUGACAGGCGCACGGUUGUUUAGUGGCAGUUUUGAAAGUGCCAUAUAUCUCUUGGGGAGUAUAUGUGGUGUGCAAUCAGAUAUUGUGCGGGUCAUUCCGGCAAUAAACUCGAACUUUUCUCAUCAUAUCUCUGCGACUCUUGCCGACGGGACGGUGAUUGUCGGGCAGAACAGCAUCUCUCAUCCUAGUGCUGCAACCGCACUUGGCCAUGACCCUCGUGCCAGACGGCCUAGUCUACUCCUCGCCGAUGGAGAUGAUUUCGAUGAUACUGAUCUAUCGGAUCUUUCAGACACUGUUUAUGAAGAAGAUUAUUUGCCCGGCUCCCUUGCCACUCUGCGGAAUAAAAACAUUGCAUUCAGCAAAGCCGAAAACGAAGACUUACCAUGCCGAAUCGAUCGCAUUUGGUAUAUCAAUCCAUACGGCCAGGAAAUUCGACCCCCUGCAAAUCCACGUGUUUUAGAGGCGCUCGACGACGCCCAAGCUAUUGUAUAUAGUAUCGGCUCUCUCUAUACGUCUAUCAUCCCCGCAAUCAUAUUACGAGGCGUUGGAAAAAGCAUUGUCACAAGCCCAGCUCGACACAAGAUAUUAAUCCUUAACGGCUCAAUGGAUAGAGAAACUGGCCCACCCUGUCAAGGGUUGGUAGCAUCUGAAUUCGUCGAGGCCAUUGUACGCGCUGGCGAGGAAAGCUGUGGAAGGCACCCUGCCAGUUUCCGACACCAUCAUGAUUUUCGUGCAUCUGCCUCAUCGCGCGAAAAGAGGGGACCGCAUACACGCAUCCCUUACACUUCCUACGUGACCCAUGUUCUCCAUCUUGACGGACCGGGAACACCUCAUGUGGAUCGAGAUAGGCUAGCAGAAAUGGGAAUCGAAACGUUACGCCUUUACGGACGCAAGAUCCUACUAAAAACCGGGGAUGGAGAUCUUGUUGUGGGCGCCAAGUAUGACUCUACUGCAUUGACUCAAGCCCUGGAGGUUGUUCUCGGGAAGAAAGGAGAUGCAAUGGUGAGCGGGCUAGGAAGGCGGAAUACGUUAGAUCCUACUCGACGGGAGAAGAAAUAA